GGCCUAACGUGUAUUUAUCGCCAGUGAUCUAGAUCUAGAAUAAUUUCUAGAAAAAUUAUACAACAUACCGUACUUUGGAUUUCACAGAUACCGUAUCGAAACUCGACUGUGUCUUGAAAAGUCGAUUUCGAUAUGGAUUAGUUAGGUGUUUUUCAGAUGAUCUAAGGACGAUAAAUAGAUUAAACCAUGGCAAAAUAUUCAGACAACACACCUGAGAAUCCAUCUCCUGUCGAUGCAACCAUUCAACAACAGAUGAAGGAAGGUCGCUACCAGUUCACAGACGAGGAAAAGCGGGCUUUGCGAGAAUGUCGAUUUGAGAGUUUUUGGUACAGUUCCUUUCCUAUUGCUGCUGUGUCUGGACUGUCAACACACAUGCUUGUGCAGAGAGGAGUCCUGAACCCUAGCAAACGCUUUGGUUCCAUCCCAAAGGCGGUGUUUGCCACUAUGUGUGGCUACAUCUUUGGCAAGAUGCUCUAUGUUCAGAAGUGCCGUGAGAAGUUCCUGAAGCUUGAAAACUCCCCCUUUGCAGAGAUGAUGAGGAGGGGUAGAGGGGGCAUGCCACCUGCUGAGUUUGGCGGGAUGAGUAUACCUGGGUAUGGAACUGGAAGCAACCCACCUGUAGAGGAAGAACUUUCUGUCGAUGAUAACUUCCGACCAGACACACCUUGGAGUGGAGGACACGACCAGAGAUUGAACAUGGAUAUAGAUACCAGUCAAGUCAAGGGAAUAAACAGCUUCGAUUCUGACCUCGCUAAGCAUCACGAGGAUGAGAGGGCAGCUUCAAAGCGGGAAUUCACAGGAACCUACGACGAGCUCCGGAAGCACCACCGAGCGAAGAAUGCACAGCAGUACACCCAAGUUCUUCCAGGUCAUUACCAGCCUAGGUCCCCACCUGAUGUUACUCCCCAUCAAGAUCAACCAAGGCCAAAGUUGCCUGCACAGGAUGAAUUCAGUCUUGGUGCUCGAAACAGGAAUAAAAUGCUAAAUAAAUAUGGAGAUUCAUGGGAGAAAGAAUGAAAAUUUAUCCCUGCUGGUGGAGUAGAAGCUUAGAUAUAUCUAAAGAAAAAAUCAUAUAGAAAUGAGAAUGAAAACAAACUAGCAUUCAGUUUGAUUGUCUUUCCUUUGCCUUGCCAUAAUGAUUAAUUUGGGGGGGGGGGUGGUUUGGAAAGGAUAUCAUUUAAAAAAAUUAUCUUGUGAUUAAAAUAUGAGGUCUUGUCUCUCUUGUGACCAUGUGAUAUAUAACUUCUUUGAUCCAGUUAAAAUCUCUUCAACAAAUAUGACAUAAAUUUUCAAAUUUGUAUGUUUUAUUAAACUAGUAACGGUAAACUCCUUCCAUUUUAUCUAUUAGUGUAUCAUUAUCUUGGAUGUAUUGCUGUUGAUUUAUGAAAAUUGCAACCACUGGUUUCGUAUGCAAUUGUUAGCAAAAUCACUUUGUUUCCCGGUUUUUAACUCCUUUUGCAUACAUAUCAAGAGCUUAGAUAAUAUUUUGUUUUUUCAAUGAAAUAUUGCAUUUGUUUCCCAUAUGAGAGCCAUAUUGGCCUUUUCGCCUAUUUGUAUUCAUUACUUGGGCUUCAUUUUGUAUGAUUUAUAAAAUAAAUAUGUGAUGCAUAAUAGUACUUUGAAGUGACAAAACUGAGUUCAGAUUUUAUGAUUAAUUGAAUAAGAAUCACAUUGAAAAAAAGGAAAGUUAAAGUAAGUGAGUAAAAAAAAAUUUGAUCAUGACUUCAUUGACUUGUGACUGCAGUGUGUAUUUGAAAGGAGUAAAUGAUGGUUUGUGGCUAAUCAGGUACCAUACACAAGUGUAGUAUGCAGUAGAGAGGGGCCACAUCCUCCCCUCCCCCUUCCUUAAAAACUAGUUAAUGUACAUGUAUAUAUAAAAAGGGCGCUUUCAUUGGGUCCCUACGUCUUACCCUAUCUCGCCUGCUUGCAUGCAACAGAUACCAUCACAUCCUGACUUCCAUGAACACACUGCUGAGAUCCACAAGAUACAGUUCAAGUGUUACACAGAAAGUUGCAAGUCAUGUUCCCGGAUGCAUUAAAUUUGAUUUGAUAAUUCAGGAAAUUCGCUCCAACAACAAACUGAUCAGAAUUGAUCAUUAAUUCAUCACAAGACCCUCAACUUUUGCAGGUUCCAAAGGUCUCGCCACUCAGAAACUAGAAAGUCCAGAAGGCUAAUUCCUACCAAAUUUAAUUUUUAUUCCCUUUAGUUGGCAGUGCUCACUCAAGCAUGAAUAGUUUUCCAACUGUUUGGUGUCAUUUGAAAAUUGAGUGUAUUGGCUUUCCAAUGUAAGCCUUUCUCCAUAGUGAUAUAUUUUAUUUGGCAGACAUUUCAAAAGUGUAUAGUAUUUUGAGAUACCGUAGUUCGAUUUCUUGACAACGAUGAGGAUGAUAUUUGUUUCACAUUACAAUAUUACGUCACUCUAUAGUGCCUAGAAAAUUAUAACAGACCACCCAAUUUGUCCUUGUGAACAAUUAAAUCUAGUUUAUUUGUAUUUUAUCAAAUGAAAUAAUUUUCAUUCAAAUUUUGUCCUCCAAAGAUGAAAAAGAUAAUAAAUUGACUACUGGUUUAUAAUGUGUAAGAUAAUCAUUGCUCGAACUCAUUUUGAUACAAGGGAGACAUAUACACACAUGUAUGAAAAUAUGAAAUAUGAUUUCAUGUAGUAACAUAAGAAAAUUGAUAGUCAGGACAUGGCAUCCAACCUAUUGCAUAUUCAUGAGGGUGUUCUUAUAACUUUUUUUCACACAAUAUUGCUAAAAUGUAAUAUUCAAUAACUUCAGUUCUUCAGUAUAAAUCAGAUUUUGAAUUUUUAGCAUUUAGAUCUGUGAAUUUUACUCUAUUAAGAUAUAAAUUUCCAACCCGGAUGGUGUGCCCCUUUAAUCCUGUUUGUUAGAGUUCAUGAACAAAAUACCCCAUAACUGGCCACCAUGUUAGCCUAGGUGUAGCUUGCUUAGCAGUCGGGCUUGUACUUUCAUUAUCAUAAGUGAGAGCAAUGAUAUUUCCAAUUGUGAUUGCAAAUAAGUCAGAUUUUGAUGAGUUUUCAGUGUUUUGCUCUGUGAAUUUUACUCUAUUUAGAUUUAGAAAAUUCAACCCGGAUGGUAAGCCCCUUUAAUCCUUUUUUUCAUAGAGUUCAUGAGCAAAAGACCACAUAACUGGCUGCCUUGUUAGCCUAGGUGUAGCUUGCUUAGCAGUCUGGCUUGUAGAUUGCAUUAUCAUAAAUGAGAGCAAUGAUAUUUCCAAUUGUGAUUGCAAAAAAGUCA